AUGAAUCUACAGCACAAACAACAGGGAACAUGCAGUCCCAAGAUGAUGAGGUUAGCUACAGGGCUGAUGGGUAUGUGCCUUGCCGGUUACAUAGCUGUCCCGCCAAUUUAUUGGCACCUCUCCGAGACACUGACUUCCGUAGGCCACUUUUCUUGUCCCCCUUGCGACUGCGAUUGCCCUGAUCUACCCCUUUUCUCCAACUCACAAGAUUGCAUGAAACAUGAUCCCGAAAUGAGUGAAGAGACGGAAAAGAGUUAUGUGGAUUCGUUGUCUGACGAGUUGAAGCAGAGGGAAGCUGGAGCUCUGGAAAAUCAGUACCGCGCCGACAUAGCACUGCUGGAGGCUAAAAAAGUAACGUCACAGUAUCAGAAGGAAGCAGAAAAGUGCAAUUCCGGGAUGGAAACUUGUGAGGAGGCCAGGGAGAAGGCAGAAGCAGCUCUGGAAGUGCAAAAAGAGCUCAGUGAAAUGUGGGAGAUGCGGGCUAGGCAAAGAGGAUGGAAGGAAGCCACCAUCUGA